AUGCUCGCGCAAAAUCUCCUCCUGCUCAUCGCAGCCAACCUCGUGGCAUCCAUUCCCGCCCUCGAUAACUCCCCCAAGCCCAUCAACCUCGAGGCAACCGAGCUGCAGCGUCGGUCCGCCUGCGCAGUUGCCGGCGUGGUCAGCGGCCAGUGUGGCCGCUACUACCGCGGCACCGGCUGCAACGACAUGAUCAAUGCCAUUGACCCCGGCAGAUGCAGCGGCACCUGCUACUCCUCGGGCGAUGCCAUCGCCAGCAUCAAAGCAUCCGGUGACGGCACCUACGGCACAAACUGCCAGGUCUUUUACGACUCCAACUGCCAGAACCCCAUCGGUCAGACCGGAAACACUAUCACUGGGGGAGGAAAGUGCUAUACGCCGUCUGACGGUCGCACCGGUCAUAGCAUGCUUUGCUGGUACCGCUGCUGAAUGGAGUUGGGAGACUGUAUACCAGUGGCGUUCGCUUUUUUUUUCUUUCGGAGAGAGCCACAUAGGUAUGCGACAGGAGGGAGUGGAAGUGGUAAGAGGGGUGGUUGGAGACGAUACACGAGCAAAACAGGUGACAGAAAAGACCGGAAUGCGAAGAGAUGGGUCCCACAGUGAUUCGGCUUUGAAUUAGCCCGAUACCUACCUACCUACCUACCUACCUACCUAGGUAAUUAUGGGG